AUGGCCCUCCGCAGCGCAUCUUGCAGACUUCUGGACGUUCUUGCACUGGAAUGCCUUAUGUCCAAUCUCCUGACAAUUGUAACAUUGCAUCGGUCGUGGGCGAUAUUCAAAGGUGCUAGUCACGCCGGAUUCUCCCCCGGCGUGGAAGAACCCGUCGGCCAGGAGCCUCCGUGCAUCAGUGCCUCUGGUUAUGUAAACAACCAUCGACCCGUAGGCCUUUGCGCUUUCCUUUCUGCUGAGCCACGCAAUCUUAGCAACGGUGACUUCGUUCUCCUCGCUGAAGGCCGCUGUGGCUCCAGCUCGGAUCUCAUCUUUUUCGUCCAAAACUACAGCCUUGUUGACGCUAUCGACUUUGAUCGGGUACAGCUCGUCAUGUACCACCCGGGCUUCUUCACUGAUCUUCGCUUCUGCCACUUUCUUGACCAGCUGGUAUAUUCGAGGGGAUGGGGCACGCGACUAUUUCCUACCAUUCCCAUUGAUCAAGCAGAAGACCAAGGAGGCAAGACAGAACAAAGCCGCUAG